AUGGCAAACUUGUACAAAAGGAAAAUAGCUGAGAACAUGGACUGCCAUAUAUGCAAACUGGUACCAGAAACUGGAGUUCAUGUGCUAUGGAACUGUGAGGCUGCAAAGAGUGUAUGGGGACAGGGUUGUAUCAAAAUUCAGAAGAUGGCAGGGAAAAGAUCCUCAUUCAGGGAGAUUUGGAGUCAGAUGGUAAAGAACCUAAAGAAAGAAGAUCUUGCAGAAGCAGCAAUUAUAGCCAGACUGAUUUGGUUCAGAAGGAACACCUUGAUCCAUGAAAAUUCCUUCACCCCUCUAGGUCUAAUUAUUCAAGCAGCUAAAAUGGAAAUGAAGAACUUCAAGGAAGCUAUGAAGAAGCCACAAUCCAGUCCAAGAUGCACCUCAGGCCAAACAUUCAAUUUAUGGAAGAAGCCACCAGAGGGUUCAUAUAAACUUAACUGGAGUGCGGGAAUUGACAAAGCAACAGCUAGAGUGGGAUUUGGAGCAAUUAUAAGAGAUCCUAAUGGCCAGGUGAUUGGAACUCUUAGGCAACAAGACCUUUAA